UGGGCGGCGCUGGAAGGGGAAGGGUCCCGGAGCCGGGCCCCGCACAGGGCAGCUGCGGGGGUCAGCCGGAGCCGCCCCAGCAGCGCCGCAGCGAUGCGCCUGGCGGCGGUGGCUGCGCUGGGUCUGUGGCUGGCCUGCCUGCGCCGGGCGCGGGGCGAGACCUUCACCUCCAUGCUCACCGUCCGGCAGGCGCUGGCCACCGAGGCGGCUGCUGCGGCACCUGGGAGCUACCUGGAGGCGGAGACCCACCGGCUGAAGGACCUGCAGAGGUUUUACAACAAGGUGCAGGAUUUGCACCAAGGAGCCGGGGGCUCUGCGGCAAACCCGUUACUCGCCUACACGCUGAUCAAAAGGCUGCAGUCUGAUUGGCUGAAUGUGGUGCACAGCCUGGAGGCCAGUGAGAACACCCAAGCGCUCAAGAGCGGCUACAGGCACGUGGAGAAGGACCUGCCUGAGUUCGAGGACUUAGAGGGAGCAGCGCGGGCACUGAUGAGGCUGCAGGAUGUCUAUGCUCUGAGUGUGAAGGGGCUGGUGAAAGGUAUGUUCCAGAGAGCCAGCGGCACUCACCUCCCUGACAUCUACAGUCCCGGGCAGCUCUUCCCGCUCUCCGCUGAUGACUGCUUCCUCGUCGGCAAGGUGGCCUACGACAUGGAGGAUUACUACCACUCCAUUGCGUGGCUGGAGGAAGCCGUCAGCCUCUUCCGCGUCUCCUACGGGGAGUGGAACACAGAGGACGAGGGCAGCCUAGAGGACGCACUGGACCAUCUGGCUUUUUCCUAUUUUAAGGCAGGAAAUGUUUCUCAUGCCUUAAGCCUCUCCAGAGAGUUUCUUCACUACGAUCCCAGCAACAAAAGAAUCGCUAGGAACGUCCUUAAGUAUGAAAGGCUCUUGGUGGAAAGUCCAGAGCACGCCACGGCUGAGGUGGGCCUGAGGAGGCCGAAUGGGACUCACCUGCAGACUAGAGACCUCUAUGAACAGCUGUGCCAGACUCUGGGGUCACAGCCAACCCGGUAUCAGAUCCCAGCCCUCCAUUGCUCGUACGAGACGAACGACAGCCCCUACCUGAUCCUCCAGCCGGUGAAAAGAGAGCUGAUCCAGCUGCAGCCAUUCAUAGCCCUGUACCACGACUUCGUUAGCGACCUGGAGGUGGAGAAGAUCAAGGGGCUUGCAGCUCCCUGGCUGCAGAGAUCAGUGGUUGCCUCAGAAGAGAAGCAGCAGAAAGCCGAGUACCGGAUAAGUAAGAGUGCCUGGCUGAAGGACACAGUCGACCCUGUGAUCGUGUCGCUCGAUCAGAGGAUUGCAGCCCUGACUGGCUUGAACAUUCGGCCACCAUAUGCGGAGUACCUACAGGUGGUGAAUUAUGGCAUAGGUGGACACUACGAGCCUCAUUUUGACCAUGCCACUUCAAGAAAGAGCCCCCUUUACAGAAUGAAGUCGGGUAACAGACUGGCCACAGUCAUGAUCUAUCUGAGCUCAGUAGAAGCCGGAGGAUCCACUGCCUUUAUCUAUGCAAACCUCAGUGUGCCUGUGGUCAAGAAUGCAGCCCUGUUCUGGUGGAACCUUCACAGGAACGGAGCUGGGAACGGGGACACCCUCCACGCCGGCUGCCCGGUCCUCGUGGGAGACAAGUGGGUGGCAAACAAAUGGAUCCACGAACACGGGCAGGAGUUCCGAAGGCGGUGUGGCCCCGACCCCAACGACUAAGGGCCGGAGCAGAGCGUGACCACUCCACCCAAUCCAAAGGCAUGGGAAGAGGUGGGGGAUGGAAACCCACCCCCAUCAGAGCCAGAAGCAGGGACCACCUGGAAAAGCCAGCUGGUUGGCUGCAAGGGAAUAUGGCCUGCUGCCAAGGCACGUCUCAGCAAGGCUUCCUCUGCUGCAUAUUGAGUCUAAGGAUCUAGGAGGGGCUGGGAGGGGGGAAUGGAACAAAAGUCACAGUGGGAGUGGAGCAGGGGACUUGUAAGGAGAGAAAGAGGCAGCUGGAUGCGCUGGGGCUGGCUCAGCUGGGGAACAAGAACAGCAGAAAAGGCGUGAUGCCGUUCCUAGGAAGUUCCCAUGGGCCAGGGGGGAGGAACUAGUCCGAGGGCCAGAGUCUGAUUUCAGUUACAUGGACCGUGUUAAGUCUGGAGUUAUUCACUGACUUCAACCCUAGGUUGGCACCAGUGUCAUUUAGAGCAGAGUUUGGUCUAUCAGGGGAAAAUAAGGCAAAGGGAGACUGAAUAGCCGGGGCAAUCCCCUAAUGGAGUGACUCUGGCCUGCACAGUAUGCUGGAGGAAUCAGUGUUGCAUUGGGCGAGGAUAAGGCAGCGAUACUCAGUUAGUUCUUGUGGCACCUUAAAGACUAACAACACGGCUGCUACUCUGAAACCUGUCAAUUAGAUCUGGAGAAUUUUAUGAUCCGAGAUGGGCCAUUUGCGCAGAAGGCUGACAAAAUUAAAAACAAAUAAUAAUUUCAGCUGCCAAUAAAUAAAGACCUUGACUGCAACACAAGUAUUAGUGUUUCUAUCUUUAACCAAGUCUACAAAUCACCAUUAUUCCCUGUGUUUGUGGCAAUCUCUAAUGGGAGAGGUGACAUCGAUGACUCUGGCAGGCUUGGUGAGGAGUGGUUUGUAGGAGAUCAGGGCAAGGCGCAUGCACUGGUGAAGAUGCUUAUCUGUCAGGCAACUGCAGGGUUGGUUUUUUUAUAAAGUUCAUAGUAGAAAACCCAGAUUCGCAGAGGUACAUUGAUCCAAACAUCAUUAAAAGAUAGAUGGCUGGAUUCUGGCUAUUCUGAAACUGGGCAGCAUAUUGAGUUCAGAAAUCACCAAGUCCCACUUUUUUGAAUUUUGCCUUCAAGACAGCUGAGCUCCGGAGUCUUACAAUUUCGAAUGGAAAGGCACCUUCAUCAGUUGAAUCAAGAAUGUUCUUUGCUUCAGAAGGGCAAGGUCCAUUGGCAGAGACAACAAACAGAGCCUCACCUCUUCCUGCCCCUGCUCCACCCUGGCCCCACCUCUUCCUGUCCAGGACCACCCCCUCCUCUGAGCGCACCGUGUCCUCGCUCC